CCCUGAGACGCCACAUAGCUGCUCUUUCCAUCUAUGCCCAGAAAUAAAAGUUGUCAUGCAGCCCCGUUAGCCUGUAGGUCUCCGUGUUGUAGAGGUGGGUGCUCCCCAUUUUACCGAGAGAACCCCAAAGGAUGCUGUGCACAUGCGUGUUGUGCAACACCGGAGCACGAGAGGUAGGGAAGGCAGUCCUAAUGGCGGAGAAUGUACGGUCGCCUUUUGACUACCGGGAACCACCGACCCUCGACAGCGACGGGGAUGGGAGCAAACCGCCGCCGCUACGGGGCCGCGUGUGUGGGAGAAAAAGGAAGGGGACACCUGUGAAGGUGUGUGACCGAGCGUAUGUAACAGAAGAUGAGGAGGAGGAGAGCAUGUCGGAGCACAGCUACAGCCCUGGUAAUGGCCAGUAUCCAGAGGGUGCAGAAGACCGCCUCCCUCCACCUGGCAGUCCCUACUACCUGCCGGAUCCCACUCAGCUCUGUGUUCCAGAGUUGGGGGAGGAGGGGGCAAGUGGUGUUAGAGGACCGGUGCUGUUUCAUCCGCCGCCCAACUGCCGAAUUCGAGAAGUCCACUGUGGGACCCAGGUGCGGCUGGUUGUCAUAGCAAUCCGAGACAUUGCCAAAGGAGAGGAGAUCACGGUGGACUACAGCCUGACAGACUGGGGCGAGAAUGCAAUGGAGGAGGAGGCUGGCCCCCACCCGUUGUCCCUCUCCGUUUCUGAUUACCUGACCCCCUCCUGGUCAUUAUCGCCCUCAUCCUCCCCACUCACACACUCUGAACCUAGUGAUUCAGACCGAGAGGAGGAUGAAGAGGAAGAAGAUGAUGACGACGACGACGAUGAUGAAGAAGAGGAAAUUGAGGAGAUACGGGGACGAAUGCUUCGCCGCCGCAAGAAGCGCAAAUUGCCCCCAGCAGUCAAUUCAAAGAAGAGGGGUGCGCCCACCUCCUCCAGAGGACCAGGACGCCCAUGCUCCUCCUUCUCCCGCCCAGCACCUGUUGCACCCCCGACUAGAUCCCAGCCCCAGCCCCCAGUAAGUUCCCUGGCACCCCCAACCACCAACAUAAACAAUAACAUCAAUAUAAACAUUGGCAGCUCCAGUGGCGCCACAGUGAGCCGGCGACAGCACUGCCCAUACUGUGGCCGCCACUUCCGUUCCCUAGCACGCCACCUGGAGAAGCACCACGCCAACCAGCCGGAGGUCAGAACAGCCAUGGAGAUGUCACACCUCCACAGCUCAUCAAAUGGCAGUAACACACACCCCCACCCCAUGUCAUCUCCCACCUCUGCCGCUCAAAGUCAUUCCUUUGCUGUCCCUCAGCCGUCUGCCUCAAACCCAAAUCCGCCCUCUCUUUUCACCAGGGAGAGGGAAUCACCAGCUACUCGCUCCAGCACAGGCAACGUCUCCUUCUCCCUUUCACUUUCUCCACCUGCUUCGGCUCAGCCUGCAGCCGCUAAGAAGGGGCCUAGCUUACCACUGCCUGCUAGAAAAUUCCAAGCACCUUCUAUGGUGUCCCAGGUAAAGAGUCCCUCACCACCUUCCACGCCUACUCCCAAAAGGGGUCGCAGGAUGAAAAAGGAAAAGCAUGAAGAAGUGCAAAAGGUAGAGGUGGAUAGCUUAAGAAAUCAAGAAGACCUGGUUCCACCUCCUACACCAGAGCCAGACAUUGAUCCAGAUGAAGAACUGGAGCUGAGUGGAGAAGGAGAAGAGGAUGCUCCAGAGGAGAAGAAUGGAGAGAUUGUAAGCACUCACAGGCAUCACAUGUCUCCGCUACUCUCUUCCCUUUCUUGUUUGGUCCUCUACCUCCGUCACCAACAGCAUUCGUCUUUCCUUUCUUUAACCCGUUCUCCUCACUCUGCUGAGGCCUGGCGCCUGCUCUGCCACUCCAGCCUCUCUCUGCUCAUCCUCUACAAUCGCCAUCGAGAAUGUGAGGUGGCCAAGCUCACUAUCCAGGACUACCGCAACCGAAUCACGCCCCAGACCAACUCCAGCACCAGUUCCCCAUCUGGCAUGGAAAGCCUCCUGUCUUCCUUUGAGCGCCAGGUCCUCUGUCAUCUUCCACGAGCUGGUGUGUUAGGCAAGCGUGGUCGCGUCCAGCCUCUUAUUCUCCCGCCUCACUGUGAGUCUUGCCUGGACCUGCUUCUUCGAACCAGCCCCAAUGUGGGUGUGGACCCCGAGAGCCCCUACAUCUUCUCCCGGCCCUACCACUCUCCUGCCACCCCUCUCCGGGGCACAGACCUCUUGAGAAACCUGGCCCGGGCCAGCGGGGCUAAGAACCCUGGAUCCCUGACGGCAACACGAGUGCGGCGGCAGGUAGCCAUCCUUACCCAACUGCUGUUGCUAGAGGAGGGGGAGGGCCAGAGUGGAGCUAUCAAACGGCUGGAGGACUUCCUGGAGCGAGAGUACCACGUGACCCAGAACUGCUCCACUAUCAUGCGAGAUCCAGCACUGAUGGGUCGUGUCGGCCGCGUUGUUCUCUAUGGAGAGAGGGAGGGUGUCCUUUUCAGAGGGAUGAGCCUGCAGCACAUCUGCCUUGAGUUGGACGUGAUGUCUGGCAACUCAGCAGAUUCCUUUUCGGAAGAUUCAGAGGCAGAAGAACAGAAAGAGGACGUUAAGGAGAAGCAAGAGGUGGUGCCGAAAAAGAAAGGGCCAGGCCGACCUCCACGGAAGAAGAGAGCACCCGUUCCUGCACCCCCAGUCGGCCCAUCUUUAGCGAAUGUCCAUAAAAAAAGAUCUGUUCCUCCAAAAUCAGGGAAGCGUGGUGUGCUGAAGCGUCCCUGGUCAGAGGCUGAGCGUGUAGCAGUGGAGACUCACCUAAAUAGAAACCUCAUGGAACUGCGCGUCCCUGCAAAGGCAGACUGCGAGCGCUGCCUCGAACUCUGCCCCCUGCUAGUGAGCAACCAGCGAGACUGGAGGGCUAUCAAGUUUUACGUCCACAAUCGCAUCCAACUACUGAAGAAGCAGGGCAGAAGGGAAAGUGCUGCGGCUGUCUGCUAGGGCAAAACAGAGAUGUGUAUAAACCACCAGCAAUCACAAUGAAGAGAAGACUCUUGGUCAUGGUGUGUUUUUUCCUUCUCUUUCCUUUCAUGGGUGCAGUCCCUAAAGUUAGGUGCAUUCCGGAUCUCAUCCCCAUGGCUGUAAGGGAUACAGGGCCCCAGACUAACUCUAUUUUUGCUGAUUGCACUGCACCUCCCACCGUGGCAUUGGCAUAACAUCUCACUUUGCUAAACAUCUUCUUAUCAAUAGACACUAAAAUGACCAAUGUUCCCCUAAAGGCCUUGCAUUGAGGGCUGCAGUAGAUGCUUCUAGGUGGCAACAGUGUACUCUGAUAGAUGUGUGAGCUCAACUUUGGAAAGAGUGAAAUAGGGUGUUCUACUGUCAAAUUUGCCCAAGAUGAUUGAGGAUUUUAUCCACAUGCGCCGUUUUCUGCACAUGUAGGUGCCCUCCGCUUUUUAUGAGCAGAGCGCAUUUAUAGUGUAAAUACUGCAGUCAUUUUCAUAUAAUGGUGGGAAACUAAAUCAUGGUUGUGAUUAAUAUAUAUUGAAUUUUCCAGCCCCACUACUACGCUAGCCAUUGUAAUUGAAUGACUUGCAUUGUUUCCUUCUCUGGUUCAGUCAAUAUGUCCUUUCAUGCAUCUGCAGUCAAGUGUGUCUGAGGCAGGCGUCUCCCUCUCCACCUCCUCUUUCCUCAUUUUGUUUUUACAAUAACUAGCUAGUGACCACUUUAUCUUUGGAAGACACAACAGCAAAACAGCUUGGUUUACACAUCAGGCUGGCACAGACUGACAGAAGAAAUUAAUACUUUUCACCACUGGGGCUAACGCAGUAACUACAUGCCCCGCUUAGUGACACCGAAACAGUCUAAUGAUCAUCAAACACUCACACGAAUGUGACCACUUGAAAAUCUAACUAGCACACUUCAAAUAUAAGGUCAGAUAUGCGACCGUUUUGGGUGCGGUCUGGAGCCCUGGAGAGUAGUGUAAUAAAGGUGACUAAACUAAGAAGACAGGGGGGUUGCUGUAUUUCAGAACAGUGCAUAUUCAGUGUUGCGAAUUCCCAGUGUCUGUUUUUGAGAUGUAUUUUUAAGUGGUUGAACAAAAUGUACUGUUAAGUGUAAAUAUGAGAACAGGCACAGUGAAUGCUUUUUUUAAAGAUGAAUUUUUACUUUAUUAGAUAGCUGACAGUCGAGAAUGGCAGGAUAUAUGGGAGAAAGGAUAGAUCUGUGAUGUGGAGUGCACUUUAGACCAGCAGGACACAUUACAGCACAUUGUCCAUGGUCUAGCAUUUGCCUCUACUGAAGGCUGAUGACCAAACAUGAAGCUUUGAAAAAAAACAAUGGUUCUGAACUUUAAUAAUCCCCACAGGUAGACAACAUGUCUUGUGGACUCAGAAAUGUAUACUUGUAUAAGUUUGUGUUUGAUACUGACUGACAUUUUGCCCCAGCCCAUGGCACCCAACUGACUAGUGUAUUAAAAAAAAGUAUUCUUCAAAGUCUUUGACCAUAAUGCACAUGUGAAGUGUUUUGUGCAUACCUUUUUAACAUGAUCAUAGACUAGUAUGUAUCAAGGCAAGCCUACUUGAAUUUAUUGCGUAUCAUAAUUAAAAAAAAAAAAAAAAUCAACACAUGGUCUUAUUCACAUUGUAAAUACUUCCUAAUCUAUGAAGGUAUCCAGUAGUGGUUACAAAGUUGGUUAUGUGUUGGUAUGAUGUACAUACUGUAUAUAUUAUCUGUACUUAUUAAAGUGUAUGACAAUU